UUUCGCCGGUUGCAAGGGUCGCCGACGCUCUCGGGCUCCUCUCCGCGCCCGGGGAAGUAACGGGAAAGAGGAGAAGGCGGCGAAGUUGGCGGGAAAAAGAAAAGGGAAAAGCGAGCAAGUCGAGGCAGCCCGGGCUCGCGUGAACGCAAGGGCGGUGGCCGACGGGGCGAGGCUGGCGGCGGGCACCACCAGGGCGCCCGGGUCGCUGUGGCGACAGCCCCGGGGCGUAGGCGCAAGUAGACCACUGUAAAUGUGGAGAAGGGAAUCAGAGAGAAGUGUCCAUGAAGUUUAUUCCUGCACAGCAGUGGAUGACUAGGCACUCAUAGGACUGGAUGACUUCUGCAGUGAUCUGCUAUCUGGGAUGGUGAAGGUGGGUGACACUCAGCAAAGGUGGGCAGAUGCUGACCUAAUAAAUCCUUCGGGUUUUUCCUCCCUUCCCACAGGUCAUUCCUUCCCAAGAAUUAAAAAGUAAUUAAAAUUUGCAGAAUGAGAAGAUGGCACAAGCGUUGCUUGCACCACCAGGACCUGAUUGUUUCUUCCUGUUUACUCGAGAGUCACUUGAAGCAAUUGAGAGGAGGAUUGCUCAUGAAAAGAAAAGGCCUAAAAGUGACCAGGAGCAAAAGGACGAGGAUAAUGAUGAAAAGAAGCCAAAACCAAACGUUGACUUGGAAGCUGGCAAGCCUUUGCCCUUUAUUUACGGUGACAUACCUCCAGGAAUGGUGUCUGAGCCCUUGGAAGACUUGGACCCUUACUAUGCAAAUAUGAAAACAUUUAUAGUAUUGAAUAAAGGGAAGACCAUCUUCAGAUUUAGUGCCACACCUGCCUUGUAUCUCUUAAGUCCUUUCAGUAUAAUUAGAAGAAUUUCUAUAAAGAUUUUGGUUCAUUCAUUAUUCAGCAUGUUUAUUAUGUGCACUAUUCUAACAAACUGUGUAUUCAUGACCUUGAAAGACCCUCCCGACUGGUCUAAGGCCGUAGAAUACACUUUCACAGGAAUUUACACAUUUGAGUCCCUCAUAAAAAUUUUUGCAAGAGGUUUCUGUAUAGAUAACUUUACUUUCCUUCGAGAUCCAUGGAAUUGGCUUGAUUUCCUCGUAAUUUCAUUCGCAUAUGUAACAGAAUUUGUAAACCUGGGCAAUGUUUCAGCUCUUCGAACUUUCAGAGUAUUGAGAGCUUUGAAAACUAUUUCUGUAAUCCCAGGCCUAAAGACCAUAGUGGGAGCCCUCAUUCAGUCUGUAAAGAAGCUCUCGGAUGUUAUGAUCCUGACCGUCUUUUGCCUGAGUGUCUUUGCGCUCAUUGGGCUGCAACUUUUCAUGGGGAACCUGAAGCACAAAUGUUUGUUCUGGCCCCUGGAUAAUAAUUCUUAUCUAGAUUCACGCUUUCAGGAAUACUACAAUGGAACAGAAUUCAACUGGACCAAAUACAUUGAAAAUGAAGAUCAUUUUUAUACUUUGGAAAACGCAGAUGAUGCUUUGCUUUGUGGCAAUGGCACAGAUGCUGGGCAAUGUCCAGAAGGAUAUACAUGUAUAAAGGCUGGUAGAAACCCCAACUAUGGCUAUACAAGUUUUGAUACGUUCAGCUGGGCCUUCUUGUCACUCUUUCGCCUCAUGACUCAGGACUACUGGGAAAAUCUCUAUCAAUUGACACUGCGUGCUGCUGGCAAAGCAUACAUGAUUUUCUUUGUUCUGGUGAUUUUCCUGGGCUCCUUCUACCUGAUCAACUUGAUCUUGGCCGUUGUCGCCAUGGCCUACGAAGAACAGAAUCAAGCCACCAUAAAAGAAACAGAGCGGAAGGAGACUGAAUAUCAGCAGAUGCUUGAACAACUAAAAAGGCAACAAGAGGAAGCUCAGGCAUUAGCAGCAGCAGCAGCUUACAGAGACUUUAAGGAUGAUGGUACCCUUGGAAGACUUUCUGAAACAUCUUCAGAAUUGUCACGGCUGAGCUCAAAGAGUGCUAAAGAAAGAAGAAAUCGAAGAAAGAAAAAACGGCAGAGAGAGCUGUCUGUGGGAGACAAUAAAUCCAUGCUGUUUCCCACAAGGCGCAGUAGCAGAGUGAGCUUUUCCAGCUUCAGAGGUCAAACUACUGAAGGGGGCUCAGACGCCGAUAGCGAAUUCAGCACCGAAGACAAUUUUGUUCUACCCAGACGGCGCAGCAGUAACAUAAGUCAGACCAUGUUCCCAGUGUUUCCAGCAAAUGGGAAGAUGCACAGCAGCGUGGAUUGCAAUGGGGUGGUUUCCUUGAUAGGAGGACCCUCCAUACUUCUCUCACCUACUGGACAGCUUCUCCCAGAGGUGAUAAUAGAUAAAGCAACUACUGAUGACAGUAGUACUGCAUCUGAAAUGGAUAGCAAAAGAAGGCGGUCAAGUUCUUUUCAGAUAUCAAUGGAUUUACUGGAAGAUCCCACCAUAAGACAAAGGGCAAUGAGUAUCGCAAGCAUAAUAACAAACACAAUGGAAGAACUUGAGGAAUCCAGGCAGAAAUGCCCACCAUGCUGGUAUAAAUUUGCCCACUCCUACUUGAUUUGGGACUGUUGCGACAGUUGGUUACAAAUAAAGAAAUUUGUUUAUUUUGUUGUGAUGGAUCCAUUUGUCGAUCUCGGCAUCACCAUCUGCAUUGUUAUAAACACCCUGUUUAUGUCCAUGGAACAUUAUCCAAUUGAGAAUUCUUUCAGUGAGGUUCUUAAAACUGGAAACCUUGUCUUCACUGGAAUCUUCACAGCAGAAAUGGUCCUCAAACUAAUAGCCCUGGAUCCUUAUUAUUAUUUUCAAGAAGGGUGGAAUAUAUUUGAUAGCAUCAUUGUCAGCCUGAGUUUGAUGGAGCUGGGCCUUUCAAAUGUGGAUGGACUGUCAGUCCUAAGGUCCUUCAGAUUGCUUCGAGUCUUCAAGCUGGCAAAAUCCUGGCCAACUCUAAACAUGCUGAUCAAGAUUAUUGGCAACUCCGUGGGUGCCCUGGGGAACCUGACUUUGGUCCUGGCCAUUAUUGUCUUCAUUUUUGCCGUGGUUGGAAUGCAGCUGUUUGGCAAAAGUUACAAGGAGUGUGUCUGCAAGAUCUCCAGCGACUGUGUGCUUCCACGCUGGCACAUGAAUGACUUCUUCCACUCUUUCUUGAUCGUCUUCCGAGUACUUUGUGGUGAAUGGAUAGAGACCAUGUGGGAUUGUAUGGAGGUUUCAGGCCCACCCAUGUGCCUUAUUGUUUUCAUGAUGGUCAUGGUGAUUGGAAACCUUGUGGUAUUAAACCUCUUUCUGGCCUUAUUAUUGAGCUCUUUUAGUUCAGAUAGCCUUGCUGCUCCGGAACAAGAAACAGACGCCAACAAUCUGCAAAUUGCUGUAGCAAGGAUUCUGAGAGGAAUAGAUCAUGUAAAAAGAAAAAUACUUGAAUUUUUUCAAAUCAUCCUUUUGCAAAAAUGUAAGGCCUCCCCGGAAGUUGAUUUUGCUGAUGAACAAAAUAACAAGAAAGGCGGGUGUGUUCCCAACCACACUAUAGCUGAGAUCAACAAAACUCUUGAUUAUUCCAAAGACAGAACAACCACUACCCUAUGCACUGAUCCUAUGUCCUUCAUCAACAACCCGAAUCUCACUGUGACGGUCCCAAUAGCUAUGGGAGAGUCCGAUUUUGAACAUUUAAAUACGGAGGAACUUAGCAGUAUAUCAGAGAUUGAAGAAAGUAAAGAGAAGUUAAGUAUUUCCAGCUCCACUGAAGCUAGCACAAUUAAUCUGGCUUUCCUGGGACAAGAGGAAGCUGAAGGUCCAGCAGAUGACCCAACACAACCAAAGCCUUGUUUUACUGAAGGCUGUGUGCGGAAAUUCAAAUGCUGUCAAGUCAGCAUAGAAUCCGGGAAGGGGAAAUGCUGGUGGAACCUUCGCAAAACCUGUUACAAGAUAGUGGAGCACAGCUGGUUUGAAACGUUCAUUGUCUUCAUGAUUCUUCUCAGUAGUGGUGCUCUGGCCUUUGAAGAUAUAAAUAUUGACAAGCACAAGACUAUCAAGAUUAUACUUGAAUAUACAGAUAAAAUCUUCACAUACAUCUUCAUUCUGGAAAUGCUUCUGAAAUGGGUGGCCUAUGGCUUUCAAGUGUAUUUCACCAAUGCCUGGUGCUGGCUGGAUUUCCUUAUUGUGGAUGUUUCUUUAGUGAGUCUCAUAGCUAACGCACUGAACUAUUCUGAACUUGGGCCUAUAAAAUCUCUUCGAACACUAAGAGCCUUGAGACCUCUAAGAGCCUUAUCAAGAUUUGAAGGAAUGAAAGUGGUUGUGAAUGCCCUGGUAGGAGCAAUCCCUUCUAUCAUGAACGUGCUUCUUGUUUGUCUCAUAUUCUGGCUAAUAUUCAGCAUCAUGGGUGUCAAUCUGUUUGCUGGCACAUUCUACCAUUGUGUCAAUCGAACGACUGGAGAGAGGAUUCAUCAUGAAAUAACUCCAAACAGAAGCACUUGUGAGAGCAUGCAACAUGUUGCCAGAUGGAAAAAUGUCAAAGUAAACUAUGAUAAUGUUGGGGCUGGAUAUCUUUCUCUACUUCAAGUUGCCACUUUUAAAGGAUGGAUGGAUAUAAUGUACGCUGCUGUUGAUUCAACAGGUGUGGGAAAGCAGCCCGAGUAUGAGGCCAACCAGUACAUGUAUAUUUACUUUGUCAUCUUCAUCAUAUUUGGUUCAUUCUUCACCUUGAAUCUUUUCAUUGGUGUCAUCAUCGAUAAUUUCAACCAACAAAAAAAGAAGUUAGGAGGUCAAGACAUUUUUAUGACAGAAGAACAGAAGAAAUAUUAUAAUGCUAUGAAAAAACUGGGCUCCAAGAAACCACAGAAACCAAUACCAAGGCCAGCAAAUAAAGUACAAGGCUUUAUUUUUGAUAUUGUAACCAAGCAAGCCUUUGACAUCAGCAUUAUGAUUCUUAUCUGUCUUAAUAUGGUCACCAUGAUGGUUGAAACAGAUGAACAGAGUCAAUCGAUGGAAGAUGUCUUACACUGGAUUAAUGUGGUUUUCAUCAUCCUUUUCACUGGGGAGUUCCUCCUGAAAUUGAUUGCACUCCGUUAUUAUUAUUUCACCAUCGGUUGGAAUAUAUUUGAUUUUGUUGUUGUCAUACUCUCCAUUAUGGGUAUUUUCCUAUCAAAGAUCAUUGAGAAAUACUUCGUGUCACCCACCUUGUUCCGAGUGAUCCGACUUGCCAGAAUAGGCCGCAUCCUGCGUCUUAUCAGAGGAGCUAAGGGGAUCCGCACCCUGCUUUUUGCCUUGAUGAUGUCCCUUCCUGCCUUGUUCAACAUUGGGCUUCUCCUUUUCCUUGUCAUGUUCAUCUAUGCUAUCUUCGGAAUGUCCCAGUUUGCCUACGUUAAGAGGGAAGUUGGCAUUGAUGAUAUAUUCAACUUUGAAACUUUUGGCAACAGCAUGCUCUGCCUCUUUCAGAUUACUACCUCUGCAGGUUGGGCUGAGUUACUCUCACCCAUUCUCAACAGUGGGCCCCCAGACUGUGACCCUGAGAAAGAACACCCAGGGACUUCGGUCAAGGGAGACUGCGGCAACCCUUCCGUUGGGAUCUUCUUCUUUGUCAGCUACAUCAUCAUUUCUUUCUUAGUCGUAGUAAAUAUGUAUAUUGCUGUUAUUCUGGAGAACUUCAGUGUUGCUACAGAAGAAAGCGCGGAACCUUUAGGUGAGGAUGAUUUUGAAAUGUUCUAUGAGGUCUGGGAGAAGUUUGAUCCAGAUGCAACCCAAUUUAUAGAGUACUGCAACCUCUUUGAUUUUGCUGCUUCCCUGGAUCCACCUCUUCUAAUACCCAAACCAAACAAGGUCCAGCUUAUUGCAAUGGAUCUUCCCAUGGUAAGCGGGGACAGAAUUCACUGCCUUGACAUCUUGUUUGCUUUCACCCAACGGGUCCUGGGUGAAAGUGAUGAAUUGGACAACCUUCGUGUCCAAAUGGAAGAUCGGUUCAUGGCUGCCAAUCCUUCAAAAGCCUCCUAUGAACCAAUUACAACGACACUGAAACGGAAACUAGAAGAGGAAUCUGCUAAAGUCAUUCAACGAGCCUUCAGACGGUACCGCUUAAGAAGACCAGUACAUGACAAGAAAAAUGAAGACUUUCUUGUCAAAAAUAACAUGAUUCCUGAUAAAUUCAGUUUAAAUUUGGAUCUCAGAAGGUCAAAGAGGAGAUCCUCCUCAACAACGUCACCUCCUUCGUAUGACAGUGUGACAAAGACAGACAAAUAUGAACAAGAAAGGUCCGAAAAAGAAGAGAAAGAGAAAGAUUUCAAGGAUAGUAAAAAGUAAAAUGAAAUAAAUGAUUCUGUCCGUAUAAAUUGUUUACAGCAUAAAGAGGGAAAAUGGAUACCAACAGGAAUCAUACUGGAAGUUUUAUGCCAAACUGACCAUUUCUAGACUUACCUAAUAAAAAUAUAUACAUGCACCUAAGGCCAGCAUCUAACAUAAGGCUAUUGUCAUAUUGCUGUUGAUUGGAUAGUAACAUAAGAGACUCAUGAGGACAAUCCUGUUCACCUUAUCAGGUCGCAUUGAUAAAGAGGGAUACACAAAAAAGCUACAGACUGUCAGAAUGCAUCUGUUUUGUGUGUAUGCAUCUGUUUGUGUGUUAAAAUACACCAUUGCUGCAGUAAUUAUA